AUGCACUCUAGGGGAUGUCUUGGCCGGGAUCUCAGCUCUGCCCAUGUAGGUAUCCCUCCCCCAGAGUGUAGCUGGCCGCCCACACCCCGCCCGGAGCGUGAGUGGCCGCCCACACCCAGCCCGGAGCAUGAGCGGCCGCCCACACCCCGCCCGGAGCAUGAGCGGCCGCCCACACCCCGCCCGGAGCGUGAGUGGCCGCCCACAUCCCGCCCGGAGCAUGAGCGGCCGCCCACACCCCGCCCGGAGCAUGAGCGGCCGCCCACACCCCGCCCGGAACAUGAGCGGCCGCCCACACCCCGCCCGGAACAUGAGCGGCCGCCCACACCCCGCCCGGAGCAUGAGCGGCCGCCCACACCCCGCCCGGAACAUGAGCGGCCGCCCACACCCCGCCCGGAGCAUGAGCGGCCGCCCACACCCCGCCCGGAGCAUGAGCGGCCGCCCACACCCCGCCCGGAGCAUGGGCGUGAGGGGCCCACUACUCCCUUCUGCUAG